CUGCUGGUGCUGGGUGCUAGAGACGAGGCCGUGGUUCACGCGCGUUCACGCAGCCGUUGAUGCGACAGUGUCGACUUACCUCUUGGCCUGCUGUGUGCCCGCUGGUACGAUGAUGGAUACGUCGAUCGACGACACGUGCUUGUGCAGCCAGGAACGACAAGUGUCCUGAAAGAGUGGUGGACCGUCGGUCAUUUGCUCUGCUCUGUACAACAUGACGGAUCCAUGGUCCGCGUUUACCACUUGGUUUCUGAUUGGCCCGUCCCGUCGUGAGGCGCAAUGAGGACGCCGUGGUCGCCAUCGCUACUUCUAGCCUGGUUAACGAUCGGCCAGCAACAAUUCUCGAUGUGCAGAGCCAGAACGAGCCCCUCUUCUUCGUCUCAUCAAGCGUGGUCCGACUGGAACUUCUGGUCGCCCUGCAGUAGAACAUGCGGCGGUGGCGUAACGACCCGUGCCCGGCCUUGUAUCGCGAGGAGCUCACUCACAGCGACGAAUUCUCAGUUCUCUAACUGUUCCGGGACGUUAUGGGAGCACAGACUCUGCAACACGGAGAAAUGUCCUCCUGGCAGCGAAGACUUCACCGACGUCCAGUGCUCGGCCUUCAACAACCGAUCCAUGGGGAACGGACGUCGAGUUGCAAAGUGGUAUGCAGAAGAACGUCACACGCAAAAACGAAAUCCGUGUGAACUGAGGUGUAGAUCCCAAGAUUCUACAAUGAUCUUCAGUUUCGGAAAGAUGGCGGACGGCACGUCAUGCGGCCAUUCCAAGAUAUGCGUCAACGGGAGGUGUAAGGAUGUCGGAUGCGAUGGAAUCAUAGAAUCAGGUGUACGUAUGGACGAGUGUGGUGUUUGCGGAGGCAGAAAUCUUUCAUGCGUCCAAGUGCAGCAGAUGUCUUCUACGCAAGGAGAACUGUACAAGUACAUGGCCGUGACUAUCAUUCCACGUGGCGCCACCAACAUCCGUGUGGAGGAUGACAGCCACAACGUACUCACUCUGUGGGACCACUGGCCCAGCCGUUCGAUCGCGCCAAACAAAGGCAUCAGUAAUAAGACGAUUCACUGGGAAUCGCGAAAGCUGGACGGCGGCACUUCGACCAUUCUUGCCGGAGGUACGAGCUUCACUCACGAGAUGGCCGAGAACGGCAGCGAAGCCCUCACAGCCGUCGGCCCCACAUUGAAGGCGGUCACGCUCGCGGUAUACAUGGUUAAGAAGGCAAAUUCCAGCGUUCGGUAUCAGUACUGGGUUCCAAAGGAAGACAAUGUGCUGCGGAGCAGUGUGGUGGACCCUCCGAGUUAUCUGAUUCAGAGACCCGCAGAUACGACGGAGCCUCCUGCAACGGAACACCAUUUCCGGAGGGCUCGGGUCCAUGAGGGGCCACUCGAAGACAACGCCAUUCCGUUCGUCACAGAUGAAGCGACGAGCACUACCAGCACAGACGAUGUCUCGCCUAUUCCGACAAUCAGGCAUAAAGCAGGGAAAAUAUGGUACAAACAGAGCAAGGAAAAGAGAAAGAAACGAAAGUGUCCGCUGUGCCAUCGUCCGAGAAACCAGUUGCGCCAUUUUUGCAAGAGCGACGUUGUAAUCCAAGCCACCGUGUUGUCAGCGGACUUCGUGGACGGCUAUCUGCGCUAUGACGUGGCCGUGUCCGAGUCCUACCGCAACCUGUUGGACCUGCAGCAGCGCGAGUACCUGUGGGCGCGAGACAGCCGCUGCGCGUGCCCCAGGCUGCGCGUGGGACGAGAGUACGUGAUCAUGGCGCACGAGCAGCGCAACUACGCCGCCAAGGAGUCCAAGUUGGUCGUCGACUCCCGGUCAUUCGUGCGACGCUUCACCGGGCGACGCCAUCGUCAACUCACCAGACUGCGCGAGCUCCAGGAUCGAAAGUGCAACCUGACCACGUGAAACCUUAGUUUCAUGCUGCCGAACACAGCGCCACGGAGCGGGUGUGAAUGUGAUGCCGAGUGGAACGUGGUAACUAUUAGUGACGGACAGCUGCAAGUACGGUGACUUCCAGUGAGGAAUAAGUAGCCCAUGCUAGCUUGCUUGCACAGACCAGUAGCACAGACAAUGUUAGACUGUGGGCUGUUGAUUGUGAAACGAGGAAGUCAAUGCGGUGAAGGCGAUACGGAUGUCCCGAAGAUUUCCCUGUAGUGCAGGGCGUGCCCUUUAAGCCUGCUGGUUGGACGGCUUGAGAAUGACUGACCAGUAUCUGUGUGCAUGAGAAAAUGUCUCGCGAGGAAACAUUCCUGUGCACUGACUCAGCAUCGACAUUCAGACAUCGACAUUCAGACAAGCGAAAUCCCGACGUGAAUUCUCUCACAGGCCUAAUCUCACUCUGCCACGUCCUCAGAUGUUCACUUAGACCUAAACCGUUUUGUUACACAAUGUUCUGGCAGACAAUCGUAAACGAAUGCUCCAGCUCAUAAAUAAAAAAGAGAACUUGGUUCGUUUCACUUUGCCGGUAAGUUUAGUCUUGAGCAGUUAAUUCAAUUCACAUGAUUAAGUUAAAUAGUUUAUCGUAAACGUCUUCGUAGGCAGUGUUGUAUCCACCAAACACUUGUUACCGAGUCGUCUGCCUUCCUCGGGGAAUGGUGUUCAGUAUUGAUAGAAAUCCUGUGGCAGGGUUUCUUUGUCUUCAUAUCAAUGUUACUACACCAAAGACAUAUUUUUAUCGCUCUGAUGUUCACUAUAAAGUACCAAAUGUUAACUCUUUUUGCACGCAAUGCAAGCAUUUACAAUGACGAAGAUGCAAUUGCUAAGAUUCCAUUUUUUUUUCCUCGUGAAUACUGUGUUGUACCUCGCACUGUUCUUGAUGUCCCCAAUAUUUUUUGUCAUCCUUAUUGACUACGUACAUGCGUUAAGUACAUUUGCAGUUUUUUUUUCGGCAUACCUGUGAAAUCAAAUGUGAACACCAGUUCUAAGUUACGCACUCGUCCCGUAAUUUAUUGAUCUCCUUGCUUAAGAUUAUACAAGUCACCCACCUUGUGGAAAUGUUUUGAUACCUUUCUAUUCUUCUAUGUGUGUCUUUAUUAUUGAAAGUUGUAUGCGUCACGGUGUUUGUUGUUCGCCACUCCUUGUACAAAAAUGUACGCCUGUUUGAGCGAAAACUACGCCUUCGUUUUUCAAAAAAAACAAUGUUGUUUGUCUG